GGUUUUUCUUUGAAUUAAUUACAUCUCUGUGAAAAAGAACGAAAGUGCUUUAUUUGAAAAUCGAAUUAACAAUGGAACAGUGCCAAAGAAAUUAUUCUGAACAUUUAGUGCAAAAAUAGGUUUUCAUUUUAUUAUACAAUUGCUGACUGAUCUUUCUGAAUUGGGCCUCGAUUUCUAGCAGUUCCCAAAAAUGGCGAACAUAAUAGGACUCGUCGUGAGCAAUUACAAUGAAAUCUUGGAGAAAAAUAAAGAUCCAAUGGUGGAUUCAUGGCUUCUCAUGGGAUCUCCAGCACCGGUGGUUUUGAUUUUGGCAGUUUAUCUUCUCUUUGUCUUGAAGAUAGGACCAAGGAUGAUGGAAAAUAGGCCAGCUUUUGAGUUGAAAAAUCUUAUGAUUGCUUACAAUGGAUUUCAAGUGAUUUUCAGCGUUUACCUUGCAUCCACGGUACUAAAUUUUAACUUCUUCCAAUACAUCUUCAGUAACAGUUGCAACAAAAAUGGGGCACAACCAGACAGAGAAAUGCAGACUCUUCUUUCCUCUGGUGCUUGGUGGUACUUCUUUGCUAAAAUCAUCGAGCUUCUAGAUACGGUAUUCUUUGUUCUACGUAAGAAGAAUAACCAAGUAUCUUUUUUGCACGUUUAUCAUCACACGAUAACUGCUUUCUUUUCCUGGUGCUAUUUGAAGCUGCUCCCAGGUGAACAAGGAAUUGUUAUAGGAAUAUUGAACUCUAUUGUUCACAUAGUCAUGUACUCCUAUUAUUUGAUUGCUGCCCUUGGACCCGAGUACAGAAAAUACCUUUGGUGGAAGAAAUACAUGACUGGCAUUCAAUUGGUACAAUUUGGAAUGAUGCUCAGUUACUUGAUGUUUAUUUUGGCCAUGGAUUGCUCCAUGCCAAAAGCUCUUACCUACUUUUUCGCCACCCAUGUAGUCAUUUUCAUGUAUCUUUUCGCCGACUUUUAUAGAAAAACUUACAAGAAGAAACAAAUUUAAAAAAGGCGUUCUUCAUGCGCUCGAAAGGCGCGAAUGUGAUUUGUAUAUUUGUAUUUUUAAAAGUGAGUGAGAGACUGAACGAAAGGAAAAGAGAGAAAGGUUAUAAAUAAUUGAGAGGGCGAGUAAAUGUCAUAGUCGACUUUAAAAAUGUUGAACUUGUUAUUGAAAAACUGUCUGUUCGAGAAUGUAAUUCUAAAUAACAAAAGUGUUCAUUGUAAUAAUGUACAUUCUCUGAAACGAAACAAAUCUAAGAGAAACCUUAUAUUUUUUAAACGUGUCUUUUAUUAAUUAAGUGACGGCCUUUUACAGAAUACAGAAUUACUAUUGAAUUCUUCAUCGUAUUGUGAUUGAUAUUCCAGACAAGAAUAUUAAAUUAUCGGAAAUAGACAAAAUAAUGUAUAAUAAAGUAUUGUUUUUAA